CCAAACCUGCGCGUCUUUCCAUUUUACGAGAAGAUGGAUUACGGAGAUAUUUACAUUGCAGAAGAGACAGAAUGGGAUAAAUUAAAUCGUCAAGUAACGAAAAAUCCUGAUGAUUUUGACGUCUGGGAAGCAUUGAUUCGUGCAACAGAGACAAUAGAAGGAGGAAUUGAUAGGAAUUCGUCGAAGCAGACUUUAAAUACCCUUCGAAGCGUUUACGAUAGGUUUUUAACAAAAUUCCCUUUGCUAUUUGGUUACUGGAAAAAAUAUGCAGACUUUGAGUUUUUUGUUGCUGGGCCAGAAGCUUCUGAAAAGGUGUAUGAAAGAGGCAUUGCUGGGAUCCCUUAUUCUGUAGACUUAUGGGCAAAUUACUGUGCAUUUAAAAUGGAAACCAAUCAUGAUCCGAAUGAAGUGAGAGAAGUAUUUAUCCAGGGAUCAGAGAUGAUUGGGCUGGAUUUUCUUUCACAUCCAUUUUGGGAUAAAUAUAUAGAAUUCGAAGAGAGACAAGAAAGACCUGAUCACGUUUACCAAAUUUUGGAGCGACUUAUUCAUAUUCCUUUGCAUCAGUAUGCACGUUACUUUGAAAGGUUUGUUCAAGUCUCACAAACACAGCCAUUACAACUCCUGCUGCCGCCUGACGUCCUGGCUUCUGUGCGGGCAGAUGUUUUGCGUGAGCCCCCAGAAGUCGUCAGUGCAGGGUCGAAGCAGAUCACUGUCGAAAGAGGCGAGUUGGAGAUUGAGCGGGAAAUGCGUGCUAGAAUCUAUAACAUUCAUUUGCAGAUAUUUCAAAAAACCCAGCUCGAAGUUGCUAAGCGUUGGACGUUUGAAGCUGAAAUUAAACGUCCUUAUUUUCAUGUAAAAGAAUUAGAUGAACCACAACUGGUGAAUUGGAGAAAAUACCUUGAUUUUGAAGAAGUAGAAGGCGAUUUUUCUAGAAUUUACUACCUCUACGAAAAGUGUUUAGUUACAUGCGCUUUUUACGACGAAUUUUGGUUCCGAUUUGCUCGUUGGAUGCUUUCUCAGCCUGAACAUACAGAGGAUGUUCGCAUUAUUUACGAGCGAGCCUCUUGUAUAUUCGCGUCUAUCUCCCGUCCAGGAAUUCGGAUACAAUAUGCUCUAUUUGAAGAAUCUUUAGGAAAUAUUGCUUCUUCUAGGGCAAUUUAUCAAUCCAUUUUAACUCAGCUUCCGGGAAACGUCGAAGCAGCCUUGGGAUGGGCUAACCUUGAACGAAGAGCCUCCAGGGAAAAUGGCCUAACGAAUGCACAUGCCGUUUUAAGGAGUAUAAUUAACGAGGGUGGUUGUGACCCUGGUACUGCUGCAAUAUUAAUUACGGAGGAUAUUAAAUUAAUUUGGAAAAUUGAAGGAAACGACGAAUUAGCUAGAAAUAUGUUUUUACAAAAUGCUCCGGCCAUGUUGGAUAGCCGAUAUUUUUGGAUUUCAUUUCUUCGUUUUGAACUUGAACAACCUUUAACAAUUGAAAAUGGAAACGAACAUCACAGUAGAGUUUCUGCUGUCAUGGAAUACAUUAAAUCUCAUACGAGAUUAGCUCCUCGUGCUGUGAUGGAUAUGACUAAGAUUUACAUGGAAUAUUUAUGUUAUCGCUCUACAGACCCAGAUGCUGCACAAGAGUAUCUUUCUUUAGACCGAGAAACUUUUGGACCUUUUUCCGUACGUGAAACUCAUUGGAGAAAGCUUGUUGAAGGAGAAGAUACAAAACAAGUAAGUGCCAAGCUUCUAAGCAUGAAUGGACAUCCUGGUAUUGAUGUCAAUGAUGCGAAAGUUAAAGCAGGAGAAUCUCCAUAUGAAAAGUACUAUCGUAUGCAAGGUGUUGCUGAGACUGUCCCGGCAAACUUUGUCCCAAAUGGAACCAUGGCUUCGACGACUAUCCCUUACAUGCAAUAAGGUCUUAUGGCAUCACAGUGAAAAAAGAAAAUGUGCUUUGGGUUUUUACAUAAUCAAACGUCUCCUUUUUGGGAAUGAUUGUUAUAUAGAUAAUAUCCCAACCUAAAAAGUACGGUGAUUUCAAAUCUAUCUUAUUCAUUUUAUAAGAGCUCCUCUAUAGAAAUUAUUGAAUAAUCGUAGUGUGAGAUGUUUGUUAUUGUUAUAUAAAGUUAAUAAAAC